AAAAUGCUCCUGAUGAAGCUCUACAGAGUCGACACAAACAAACCUCCAAGCUGACUUGGAGUGAACUUAAAAAGGUUCAGAGGCGAUGUCUUCACGGUGGACUAUUUUACAAAAUCUCUCAGCUUCGAUCCCUCUUCCACCUUUACUUCUAAAGUGUAAUUUUGAACCAGACUCCUACACAAUACUUGUUUCUGAUCUUCGCAAUGUAUGGUCUGAAUCAUUAGGUCGACGACAAAUUAUCAGGCGGGCUCUCAAUAAUGACACAAGUAUUGACCCUAGCGAGGACCCCAGCCAGCUAAGGAUCCUGCUUGAAAAGCUUCAAAUACCUUUGACUGGUGCAGACAAUGGGACUACAUUGCGCUUGCUGCCUGCUUCUGCUGAAGGCGAGCUUAUUGCGAAAGCAAAAAUACCACUUCCUGAACCCUUGCGGCCUCUAGAAUGGGAGUUUAACUUGGUAUCAGCAAACGAGGCCUCUAUUAAAGAAGCUCUUAUAUUGCCUCUGCUUGCCACAGUCUCUGCCCAAAGUCGUGAGCUUGACUUUUUAAUUGGUCUCCUGAAAGAAAAGGAUCAUGUCAUAGAACGCCUUGUCGAUAAACUUGACGUCGCUGGGGUAGAGAUCAAUAGGGUAUUCCCCGCGGCAAUAGGCCUAAAAGCUGGCAAACGCGGUGCUUCUCGAGCAGAGCUGGCCAAAUAUGUCCGUGGAAUGGGGGAGUUCGAGGAAGCCACAUGGAAAAAAGACUUGGCCGAAGAAAAUGAAGCUGAGAAUACGGAGAAAGAUCUUCUUGAAAAGACCUUCUCUACAGAUGGACUAGAACUCCGAACAGUGCAUCAUAUACCCAAGGUGACUUACUCUGAUGGCUGGUGGCGUCAUUUAUCAAACAAAGACUACAAACUUUCAGAGCGAGGGACAAAAUUCGAUUCACCGAAAUCGAAGACAAAGAGCGCACAAUCUCCGGAGCAGUCAAACGACAGUGAUGCUGAAUUUCAAAGGCAAGAAACGCCACCGCGAUUACGAGAACGUCCAGCGAAGGCUCGCGCUUCUCCUGCACCGUCAUCUCCUGGCUCCGCGCAAAAUUCAGUGCUCAAACAAUCUGACCUUGAUGAUGAGACCACUGAGGAUGACGAUGAUCUUGGUGGCCCAUCAGCUCCCUUUCAGAGAGCGAGACUCCAGCGUACCCGAGUUACAAGAGAAAGAUCGUCGGGGUGGGAGGAUGAAGAGAGUCCUCAGCAUCCCAGAACUAAGAAAUCUGGUACGAUUGGUCAGAAGUCUGAUGAUAAGAAGCAUAUGGAAAGCUCCAAACAUAGAAGUCCAUCACCAUCCAAAUCCAGAAACAUGGAUGAUGAGUUGCAGACAGAUCAAGGUAGCGAAACUGAAGGAGAGACCGAAGGCGAAGCUGAAGGUCUUCACUCUCCACGGCCAGCAUCGCCACUGUCAUCCCCUCACUCUCCGGCUGAGCAAAGCAAGGGCGAGUGGACGCCCUCAUCUGCUAGAGGCUCUCCGGAUAUGCCGUCUGAAAGGCCGAAAGCAAGCCCACCUCGGCAGCGUUUAGGCACAAUAGGAGGUCCUCGAAAGGCCGCCUCGCCUGAAGCUAAGUCUCCCAGCGCAAAUUCGGAUCAAGCCGUUGCACCACCGAGCAAACCAAGUCGUUCCAGGCUGGGUGUCAUUGGGGGCAGAAGUAGACCAGCCGCAAUAUCUGAUGCUCGAUCGUCCAAGCAUACUGAAGAGCUCGGCUCACCUACCUCGAGCCCACUACCUCCUUCUUCAACGGCAAAGACACAACAAUUUACAGGUGGCAAAGAGCCGAGGGUCGGGAACGCGAAAAACAAACGUAGUCGUAGUCAUAGUCCACCAGAAGCUCCUCCUGAAGAAGCGCCGGAAGAACGAGCAAAUCGGCGGCGCGAAGAGCUGAGAAAACAGAUGGAGGAGAGAGCAAAAGCUCCAGCGAAAAAGAAGCGCAAAUUCUAAACAUAAGUCGACUUGUCUGCAUUGCUCUUCUGGACAUCACUAGAACGUAAGCGGAACAUUGGCAAUGUUUUCGUCUCUUACUGGAUCGAGAUACCCUGUUUCUGCUAAUGGCCUCAUUCAUUUCAAAAUCACCCCCAAAGCACCCUUAUAUCCAUUGAUUAUGUCACGCAAUAUCGAUUUAUGCGUACCCGGCAGGGGAAAAGGGAUUUACUUGAGGCUUUUUAUAUGUCAUCGCCUCAAACCCAGGAUUGGACGAGCCUCUCAUAAUCUAGAAACUGGAAUGCUAAAAUCCAAUUAUCAUAGCGAAUAUUAGGUCGAAAUUAUCAAAUAAAGGGGUGUUC